UUGAGGACACGCUACCAGAAGCUCUCCCCCUGGACUCAAGCAGCAGCGGCAGCAACACCGUCACCAGCAGUCCAGUAGUGCACUAUCGGUUCAAAACCUACAGGGAGAUCACAUAAGCAGACACCAUGACUAGCGUCAAAACUGAUGUAUCCAAAGUACUCAACAAAACCACCCCUGGCAUCCAGAUAUGGAGAAUAGAGAAAAUGGAAAUGGUUCCAGUUCCUCCUAAAUCCUAUGGAAGUUUCUUUGAGGGGGACGCCUAUGUGAUUUUAGCAACUCACAAAGUCAGCAACAAUUUCACCUACGAUAUUCACUAUUGGAUUGGAAAAGUAUCCUCACAAGAUGAGCAAGGAGCAGCUGCCAUCUACACCACACAAAUGGAUGACCAUUUAGGAGGAGUGGCAGUGCAGCACCGCGAAUGCCAAGGAUAUGAGAGUGAGGCGUUCAGGGCAUACUUCAAGCAAGGACUCAUAUACAAGCAAGGUGGUGUUGCCUCAGGACUGAAACAAGUGGAGACCAACGUCUAUAAAGUCAUGAGGUUGUUACAUGUGAAAGGAAAAAAGCAUGUGGUAGCUGGGGAGGUUGAAAUGAAUUGGAAAAGCUUCAACAAAGGAGACGUGUUUCUGCUUGAUUUGGGGAAUCUGAUAGUCCAAUGGAAUGGACCUGAAAGCAAUCGCAUGGAAAGGUUGAAGGGGACUACACUGGCCAAGGACAUCCGUGACCGAGAACGAGGGGGGCGGGCCCACCUGGGAAUUGUUGAAGGUGACGAUGAAAAUGCAUCUCCUGAACUCAUGAAGCUUAUGAACCACCUCCUAGGAGUACGAAAGGAACUUAAGUCUGCCAUUCCUGAUGAUGUAGUUGACAACAAACUAAAAACAUCCAUCAAACUUUUUCAUGUUUCAGAUGAGCAAGGAAAUCUGGUAAUGCAGGAGGUGGCAGUUCAGCCUCUGACGCAAGACUUGUUGAAUCAUGAUGACUGCUACAUUUUGGAUCAAGGUGGCAUCAAGAUUUUUGUAUGGAAGGGUAAGAAUUCUUCCAAAUCGGAGAGGUCUGCAGCCUUUGAACGGGCCAAUGGCUUCAUAAAAGCCAAGGGAUAUCCAGCAUCAACCUACGUAGAGACGGUAAAUGACGGAGCAGAAUCAGCGGUAUUCAAACAACUCUUCCAAAAAUGGGUUGUGAAGGAUCAAACUGUGGGUGUUGGAAAAACACACACUGUAGGAAAAGUGGCUAAAGUCGAACAGGUUAAGUUUGAUGCUGUAUCUAUGCACGCUAGGCCAGAUAUAGCCGCACAACAAAAGAUGGUUGAUGAUGGAACAGGUGAAGUCGAGGUAUGGAGAAUAGAAAAUCUAGAGCUAGUCCCAGUUGAUAAGAAGUGGAUUGGCCAUUUUUAUGGUGGAGACUGUUAUCUCAUUCUGUACAAUUACUUGGUCAACAAUAAAUUAAAUUAUCUACUUUACAUCUGGCAGGGUCGUCAUGCCAGUAAGGACGAAAUCACAGCUUCUGCAUAUCAAGCUGUGAUUCUUGAUCAGAAGUAUGAUGGGCAACCUGUACAGAUCAGAGUGUCAAUGGGCAAGGAACCUCCUCACUUCAUGGCCAUCUUUAAGGGGAAAAUGGUAGUUUAUGAGGGUGGUACUUCCCGGAGUGGAUCUCAGGAACCACAGCCUUCUGUGCGCCUCUUCCAUGUCCAUGGAACCAGUGAAUUUAACACAAGGGCAAUUGAAGUACUAGCUCGGGCUGCUUCUCUCAACUCAAAUGAUGUGUUUGUGCUAGCAUCAGAGACAUGCUGCUUCCUCUGGUAUGGAAAGGGCUGUAGUGGUGAUGAACGUGAAAUGGGGAAGAUGGUAGCUGACAUCAUUUCAAAAAGAGAGAAAAUAGUAAUUGCUGAAGGACAGGAGCCAACAGAAUUUUGGGCAGUGUUGGGAGGAAAAUCGCAGUAUGCCAACGACAAAAGGCUACAGGAAGCGCACUUGAACAUCACACCCCGUCUGUUUGAAUGCUCAAAUCAAACUGGAAGGUUCGUUGCCACAGAGAUUGCAGAUUUUAAUCAGGAUGACCUGGAUGAAGACGAUAUAAUGCUUCUUGAUGUGUGGGAUCAGAUAUUCCUGUGGGUGGGCAAAGGAGCCAAUGAGUCAGAAAAAAAGGAGACAUUGAACACAGCCCAAGACUAUCUGAACAGUCACCCAGGAGGCCGGGACCCAGGCACACCCAUUUUCUUAAUCAAACAGGGCUUUGAACCUCCUACCUUUACUGGCUGGUUUAAGGCCUGGGAUCCACACAAGUGGAGUAAUGGCAAGUCUUAUGAAGAACUGAAAGCUGAACUUGGAGAUUCCUCUGCCAUUGUUAAAUUAACAGAAGAAAUGAUGAAACCUGAUUUCAAAAUGAUUAACACAAAUGAGACAAUGGGUCCACUGCCAGUAAUUCCUGCAGAUCAGUUACUCAAUCGACAACCUGAUGAGCUGCCUGAAGGAGUAGAUCCUACAAAGAAGGAGGAGUAUCUAUCAAAUGAAGACUUUGCGGAAACUUUGGGAAUGACACGCUCCAUUUUCUAUGCUUUACCUCUUUGGAGACAGCAAAAUUUGAAAAAAGCGAAUGGUCUUUUCUAGAAGAAUGUUUGUUUUUUCUUGCUCUUUCUGUCUUUACAUCUUGAAACAGUUUGCAGACUCACAAUAAAUGGAAGAAUAUUAUUACUUGGCUACAGUUUGUAACAUAUUUGACUCUCAAUUAAUAUCCAUCUGCUUACUUUUAAAGAAGGUUUAACAUAAUAAAAAUAAA